GUAUAUGGAGAUUUGGGAUUCUUUAAACCGGCGCUACCUGGAUUUUAUUAAAAAGCGCGGAGCUGGGCGGGAGGAAAGCUGGCUUUUCCGGGGGCUGCGGGAGCCGGACCGCGGGAGGGCGGAGGAGUUGGCGCGCCGAACGCUCGGCCCCGGGAGCGAUUUUCUACCAAAAAAAGGAAAGGCGGGCAAAAAGUGUGCGGCGGCCGCGGGAUGGCGGGCAGCACGGGCGCCUAGCCGCGCCGGGGAACCGGGGCCGCCACCGGAGACGUUGUUACCGGAGCCGGGAGCCGGGAGCUCCGCCGCGCCAGACGCCGAGUGCGCCUCGCACAGCUCCGCCCGGCCGCCCGGAGAGGCCCUUCCGCCGCCGGCCGUGCGCCCGGGGCCGCGGGCCGCCGCCAUGCACGCCGCGGAGCCCCCGCCACCCGAGGACUCCGGGACUACGUGGAAGCCGAACUUUUAG